AGCCGCCGCUCGCUCUGCGCACGCUUGCGCUCCCGGGGGGCGCGGGGCUGGGGCCGCAGCGGCGGCAGCGACACGGUUAAGGCACCGGCGGCAUCCGUCGGGCACGGGAGCCCAGGCUCGUCUCGUCGGCACGGUGCGGCGCAAAACUUGCCGAGUCAGGAUGUGAGCGCGGUGAGGACGCGUUUGCUGCAUCCGUGCUUGGCAGGGGCUCCCCCGCCUCCCGCCGCGCGCUUCCGCGGGCACGAGGCUCUGCUCCGAAGGGCUGGUUUUUGGGGAGCCGAGGGGAAUGGGAUAAAAAAUAACACCCGCUGCGUCUGCCUCCAGCGUGCGUGAGUGCUCGCGGUCGCUCUGGACCGGCACCUGGCACCGCUCUCCAAAAUCUGCAGAGCCUCCAUCUCUGCCAGGCUGCUCUCUGCCGUCAGCUGAUUUGCGUCUCAUUUUUUUUUCCUCCCAACUGCACAUCUUCGCCACCGAGGAAGAAAAACUUUCGGGGGGAGGCUGGCUUUGCGUGCCUGCAGACCGUGGAGCUGAGAGGGUAAGGCAGAGAGCGGGGCUUGGUACGCGAGGCUGGCUCCAUGUAUCCGGAAUCAACCACUGACUCCCCGGCACGACUCUCGCUGAGGCAGACGGGCUCCCCCGGGAUGAUCUACAGAAAUCUGGGCAAGUCUGGGCUGCGAGUGUCCUGCCUCGGCUUGGGAACAUGGGUGACUUUCGGAGGGCAGAUCACGGACGAGAUGGCCGAGCAGCUGAUGACUUUAGCGUAUGACAAUGGCAUUAAUCUCUUCGACACAGCAGAGGUCUACGCUGCUGGCAAGGCUGAAGUUGUGCUGGGAAACAUUAUCAAGAAGAAGGGGUGGAGACGAUCCAGCCUGGUCAUCACCACCAAAAUCUUCUGGGGAGGAAAAGCAGAGACGGAGAGGGGGCUGUCCCGAAAGCACAUCAUAGAAGGUCUGAAGGCGUCCCUGGAGCGGCUGCAGCUGGACUACGUGGACGUGGUGUUCGCCAACAGGCCCGACCCCAACACGCCGAUGGAAGAGACGGUGCGCGCCAUGACCCACGUCAUCAACCAGGGGAUGGCCAUGUACUGGGGGACGUCGCGCUGGAGCUCCAUGGAGAUCAUGGAGGCGUACUCGGUGGCCCGGCAGUUCAACCUGAUCCCGCCGAUCUGUGAGCAGGCCGAGUACCACAUGUUCCAGCGGGAGAAGGUGGAGGUGCAGCUGCCCGAGCUCUUCCACAAGAUAGGCGUCGGCGCCAUGACCUGGUCCCCGCUGGCCUGCGGCAUCGUCUCAGGGAAGUACGACAGCGGCAUCCCCCCCUACUCCCGGGCAUCGCUGAAGGGGUACCAGUGGCUGAAGGACAAGAUCCUGAGCGAGGAGGGCCGGCGGCAGCAGGCCAAGCUGAAGGAGCUGCAGGCCAUCGCCGAGCGCCUGGGCUGCACGCUGCCCCAGCUCGCCAUCGCCUGGUGUCUGCGGAACGAGGGCGUCAGCUCCGUCCUGCUGGGUGCCUCCAACGCAGACCAGCUGAUGGAGAACAUCGGAGCAAUACAGGUUCUUCCAAAGCUGUCGUCUUCCAUCGUCCACGAGAUCGACAGCAUCCUGGGCAAUAAACCCUACAGCAAGAAGGACUACAGAUCCUAAGCACGUACCGCCGCUGGGAUGCCGCGCCGCCCUCGCCUCCUGUUCGCUUGCUUACGCUUUGUUGAAGCAAAGUGGAGAGCUGUUUGCAUCGAGAACACAAUGCGCCGAGACCGUCUAGAGAAAUCGUUUCAAAUGUCGCUGCAAGAGAACAUAAUGCUUACUACGUAACAUUUAUUUUGGAUGCAAGAAAAGCCACUGCCGGGGAGCGUGCAGAGGCGGUGCCCACCUGAUGCCCGGCCUCGGAGCUUCCUCUCCAACUGCUGAAGCCGCCCACGCUGGUGCACGAUGACGAGGGGCGCCUUGGGCUCGGGCUCCACGCUGCGCUGGCGUGGCUGGCCCCGGCACACAGCCCCGGCACGCUCGCUGGGCACUGCGCAGAGGACUCGGCCGGUGGGACCUGUCCCGGGCGGCGGCUCCGGCCGUUGCAUGCGUCUCCCCGCUGCUUCUCUUCUUUACUUUGUGUUUCUGGACGAGGAGGCUGUUACAUUCGGGCGUGCUCGGAGCACGGCGGCCGCGGGAGCAUUGCGCGUGCAGGGCUGGCUGCUGGCCGGGACCGCACGGGCUGUAAGAGGCUGCUGUACAACACCAACAAGGAAACAACAACCAAACCACCA